AUCAAACGACGGUACAAGCCUGGCAGGCACCGAGUAGAAGCAGGGCUGUAAACCCGCGCGACGUCAUCAUCAUCUGAUUGGGCUCGCGGCCACCACCCGCGGCUAUCCGCUCCGCGCGCACGCAGCGGUCACCCAUGUCGCCGACCGCCACCGCCAUGUCCCCCGCCGUUCUUUCCCGGUCCUCUUACCUUCUCUCUUCUGCCGUUCGCCUUCGCUCCUUCUCGAGAACUCUGGCGUUCACCUCUUCCUUCGCUGCGCCCCGUCGCCCACCGCGCUCCUCUCGCGCUCUAUCCGUCCGUGCCUCCUCGGCCUCCGACCCGCAACUCGAGGUCUGCGCCAAGGCCUCCACCACCGUCCCCGAUCGGCUUGGCGACUGCCCCUUUACACAAAGGGUUUUGUUGACUCUUGAGGAGAAGCACCUACCUUAUGACAUGAAGCUGAUAGAUUUUGCUAACAAACCAGAAUGGUUUUUCGAAAUCAGUCCUGAAGGUAAAGUUCCUGUUGUUAAACUGGAUGAGAAGUGGGUUGCUGAUUCUGACAUCAUCACCCAGUCAUUGGAAGAAAAAUACCCUGAUCCACCAUUGGCAACUCCACCAGAGAAGGCUUCAGUUGGUUCAAAAAUUUUCUCCACAUUUAUUGGUUUUCUUAAAAGCAAAGACCCAGAUGAUGGAACAGAGCAAGCAUUGCUUAAUGAGCUGACAUCCUUCGAUGAUCAUUUAAAGGAAAAUGGUCCUUUUGUUAAUGGUAGCAUGCUUUGUGCUACUGACCUGUCACUUGGACCUAAGCUUUACCAUCUGGAGAUUGCUCUCAGUCACUAUAAGAAUUGGUCAGUUCCAGAAUCCCUUAAAUAUGUAAGGGCUUAUAUGAAGGAUUUUCUUCCUGAGAAUGCAUCCAACUUCGGUGAAGGCUCUAUUUUCUCUAUGGAUUCAUUUGUUAAAACUCGAGCACUGCCAGAGGAUGUCAUUGCUGGUUGGCGUCCAAAAGUUAUUGGCUAAAGUCACUCAGCAGAUCUUACAGAAGCAUCAACGGCUCUUCCUUCUUUGAGCAUAUUAGAAUGUGGAUGCAUAUUCAAAUAUGUCCAUUGUACCUUCUGAUCAGUCUCAUGUUUUAGUAUAAUUCUUUUUGGAUGAUCAACCAAAGAUGAUCUUCCACAUUCUCUCAUCUACGUGCUCGUUAUUUAUUUGCUAAUUGGAUUAGAAUUGGAGUCUGUCUGUGGCAUGGUAAUUAAUCGACAAAGUCUUGCAGGUAGCAGAUCGUCAGAUUUUGAUAUCUGCGAUUAGGAUCUUUGCUGCAAUGUUGUAACAGAAGGCGUCCUAAUUCUCUUUUCGCAUUGUGUACAGGAACUGGUUCUCUAACAGAUUAUGAUAUCUUCCACUGGUGAUAAUUUUCACCUGUUACUCUUGA